UGGACUUCGAGGCGUAGACACGGCACCGACGUUCCCCCUUGCCCCCAUAUCUACGUAUACACGAUGUCGAAGAGAACAGCAACGACAGAGACGCUCAGUGAGGGGCAGCCGUACGCGAAGGCCUCAGGGAGUGGGCCGAGGCGGUCGAUGGGGACGACUGAUGAGAUGGGGGAGUUUGAGGAUCAGUGGGAAGAUGAGAUCGAGAGCGACGAGGAGGUGCAUGAUGCGGGGGAGGACCAGGAAGAUGGCAUGGACGUCGAUGGUGCCGCUGAGGACGAAGAAGCACCAGCACCUGCGCGCACCGCGUACAUUCCUGGAUCGCACACCCUCGGCGCGGACGAGAUCCUCGAACCAGACGACUCCGUAUAUAUUAUGCGCCAUACCAUGCACGUCAUGUGGCCAUGUCUCUCCUUCGACGUCCUGCGCGAUAACCUAGGGGACGGACGCCAGCGCUUCCCCGCCACCGCGUAUAUCGCCGCCGGUACACAGGCCGAUACGGCGAAGAACAAUGAGCUGCUCGUCUACAAAAUGUCCUCAUUGCAUAAGACACAGCGCGAUGCGGACGAUUCCGACAACGAUGAUGACGACGAGGACGAAGAGUCCCUCGAUGAAGAUGCCGUCCUCGAAUACCGCUCCGUCCCCCACCUCGGCGGAAUCAAUCGCGUCCGCGCCCAACCCCUGCCCGCCGGCACCGGCCUCCCCCCACCCUCCUCACCCUACUACACCGCAACCUGGUCCGAAACCGGCAAGGUCCACAUCUGGGACGUCCGCCCCCUCAUCGAAUCUCUCGACGUGCCAGGGUACACCUACGACAAAUCGCGCACCCACACGCCCGCCUUUACCCUCAACUCGCACGGCCGCGCCGAGGGCUUCGCGAUGGACUGGGCCGCGUCUGGCCCGGGGGCAUUGCGGUUGUUGACGGGUGAUGUGCAUGCGAAGAUCUACCUGACGACGACGUCGCAGUCGGGCUUUACGCCGCUCGGGCAGCCCUUCGCGUCGCACACGUCGAGCGUGGAGGAUUUGCAAUGGUCGCCAUCUGAACCGACGGUGUUUGCGUCGUGUUCAGCUGAUGCGAGCAUCCGCUUGUGGGAUGUGCGCGCGAAGGGGCGGAAGAGCGUCGCGGCUUUGACGGAUGCGCACGAGAGCGACGUGAAUGUGAUUAGCUGGAAUAAAUCGUCGAGCUAUCUCCUCGUAUCCGGCGGUGACGAUGGCGCGCUUCGUGUCUGGGACUUGCGAAGUGUCAAGCAAACCGGCCCGCAACCCACCCCCGUCGCCGCCUUCAACUGGCACAAAGCCCCCGUUACCUCCGUCGAAUGGCACCCCACCGAGGAUUCCGUCUUCGCCGCCUCCGGCGCCGAUGACCAGACCACCCUCUGGGACCUCGCCGUCGAGCAGGACGAGGAAGAGCUCGGCGGCGCGGACAUGGCCGAGGGCGACGUGCCCCCGCAGCUCCUCUUCGUCCACCAGGGCCAGAAGGACGUGAAGGAGGUGCAUUGGCACCCGCAGAUCCCGGGCGCCGUCAUCACUACCGCGUUCGACUCGUUCAACGUGUUCAAAACUAUCUCUGUGUAGAGUUCUCUUGUAUACCUGCUAGCUAUCGCGCUGUAUUUUCUAUCGACAUAUGUUGUUUGUGGCACAAGAAUUUGUGGCACCAGGCUUUCGCCC